AUGCAUGUAAAAGAUCAUGAGGAAUUGCACAUUUGUUCACUGCGUCUACCCUGCGGCCCGGGUCCGCACUUUCUCAUUGCUUCUGUUCUCCCUGCUCCUUCCUUCGGACAAAAUCGUCCGCGUGGGAUUAAACCGGUUUCGAAAAGUGGCGGUACACGUCACAGCCGUGGCAAGCAAGCGCAAUGCCUUAUCGAUGAACACAUUUGA